GCCCUUUAUUGCCUCAGCCAGAAGACUGUAGAGAGGGGUGUGACAGCAGUAAUCCCUGGCUGCCGUCCCAGUCAUGGGCAGCACAGGGGGAUAGAGGUUGCCCCUGGUCGCCUCAGCAAGCAAAGGGUGUUUGGACUGAGCCAGCAGGGAGGGGGGCAUGGCCGUGACGUCAUUGGGCUGGCUGAUUUGAUGCGUCUCUCCUCACACUGAGCACAGGGAGAGCUGUGGCAGCAGCAGCGGUUCUUCUGCAGAGCUGGAGAAUACACCCUUCAACUGUCCUAAGUCGACCAGUCUGUCCUGCUACCAUUGGCGGAGAACUGAUGAAUGAUUCUGAAUCAAGUUUAUCCAGGCAGUCAUCCUGGGAUGUUAGAAGAGAGAGAAGUGAAUAAUGAGAGAAAAAGGCAACGAAAAUAAAGAAAGUGCUGAAUCAGUUAACCGAACAAUUCCAAAACCCUUUGGUUCCCCGCUACCUCGACAGACUAGGAUAUGAUCUCCCCUACUCCAUAUAUUGUUGGUGGACCUUUCCCUCCUUUAGGAGAAGGGUUGUUACUUUUUGGAGCACAUGCUUGGUAUUAGAAAAGGGAACGGAGAUAGGUGGGAGGGGGAGGGAGACAGAUGGAGGAGGGGCUGCGGGACGCAAGUAAAAGGGGGGCCGCGCCAUAGGAGGAACAGGUCAUCUAUAUACCUCUUGUAUACCACUACAUGAUCUUGAAAUAGGGAGUUGGACUUGAUGACCGUGAUCUGCUGCGGCAGGACCUGCUCAGCCAAGUGAAGCCGGAACAUUUUCCCUGUUCACUACACCAGGGGGAAUCCCGCCUUGCCCAGUUACCUGUGUGGACGAGCCAUGUCGGGGGUAGCGACCUGGGUGCUCUGGUGAAGACCAGCGGCACCUUAGACUCCGCUCCUCUAUACAGUCCGAGUCAUCAGCCACACAGGUGAGGAUCCACAUCCAGUUUCGUGACAGCCCGCAUUCAGUUUUAGAAAGAAAGACGUUGAAUUGCUUCCAUGUACAACAUGAAUCGGGCAUUUAGUAGAAAGAAAGAUAAAUCAUGGAUGCACACCCCUGAUGCUUUAUCAAAAAACUUCAUUGCCUACAAUGCCAAGUUUCUUGGCGGCACAGAAGUAGAGCAACCUAAAGGUACUGAAGUUGUAAGGGAUGCAGUAAGAAAACUUAAGUUUGCAAGACAUAUCAAGAAAUCUGAAGGUCAGAAAACUCCAAAAGUUGAACUUCAAAUAUCAAUUUAUGGUGUGAAAAUUAUUGAACCAAAAACAAAGGAAGUACUACACAACUGUCAGUUACACAGGAUAUCAUUUUGUGCUGAUGAUAAAACAGACAAAAGGAUUUUUACAUUUAUAUGCAAGGAUUCAGAGUCCAAUAAGCACUUGUGUUAUGUGUUCGAUAGCGAGAAGUGUGCUGAAGAGAUAACAUUAACAAUUGGUCAAGCCUUUGAUCUAGCAUAUAGAAAGUUUCUAGAGUCUGGAGGAAAAGAUGUUGAAACAAGAAAACAAAUAGCAAGCUUGCAAAAAAGGAUUCAGGAACUAGAAACAGAAAAUACAGAACUAAAAUAUAAAGUGCAAGAUUUGGAGAACCAGUUAAGAAUAACUGAUUUAACCUUCUCACCUUUGCUGCAUAUAAUACUUGGUCAUGAGCAAAGUGUGGUUGAGAGGUCCACCACGUUUACCUGGUGUCAUAAUGAAGCUACAGUUCCAUGUUUAGAUAUCUGCUCUAUAACAUUCACUCCCAUGAAUUCACCUGACUCUAGACUAUCAACAGGAUUGCAUCUAACUCCUCCUCCUUCCCAAAAAAAUCAACCAAAAUGUAACAAUGAAUACACCAUCCCAAGGCCUUGUGCCAGCAGUGUGACGCCUAGAUCUCCUUCCACUGAUAUUUUUGAUAUGGUUCCUUUCACCUUACUCUCCCCUGAAUCAACCACACCUACAAAAAAUGGAACACAGCUUCCAUCUGUUCCCAGCAGGUCGACUGAAAUAAAAAAAGAUCUGUUUGGUGCAGAACCAUUUGAUCCAUUUUGCUGCGCUGUGGGUGACUAUACUCCAGAUAUACAGUCAAAACUUGAUGAAAUGCAGGAGGGGUUCAAAAUGGGACUAACUGUGGAAGGAACUGUGUUUUGUCUUGAUCCUGUUGAAAAUAGAAGCUAAGGUCGUGGAUCCUGUAUUCUUUAUAUAAACAAAGAUGCCAAAUACUGAAGAUAUACUAAGGACAACCACCUUUGUGGACAAUAAUAGUACCUGGUAGUGGCAAAUCAUUAGUAGACAUCCAACCUUUACCUAUGCAGACUAAUGAACUGUUUUCCAUUUAUUUUCAUGAUUGUUUAUGGUUUUCCUGUACCAAUUUAACAUAAUCGUGGGUUAUAACAUAUAUUACUAACACUAGAAUAUCUGUAUUUUACCAGAGUAAGACAUAUUUAAUUACUUGGUUUAGCUAUACCCAUAUAAUUUUGAAUAUAAGAUAUAUAUUUUUUUUUUUAGCAGGGUAAGCAUUUGGUCAAAAUUAUGAGAUUCUAUUAGUGAUAGUUGUCUCUGGGGAAGUAUGACUAGGUUGAAGAAACACUUUCAGGACCUGCAAGCACGAAGUCAGCAAUAGAAAAUAAUAGAUAGGAAUUAUAGGUUUGGCACACAUCUUUAGACCUUUGUAUGGAGCAAUCUAUUCAGGUUCCCUUGUUUGUAAUGUCUUCUAGUGUCAUGCCAUGCUUGUGAUAAGUCUGGACUGUCUAGUGACACAUUGGGCCUGAUUUACUAAGAGUUUCAGAUUUUUACUAGUGGGAAAAGACAUGCAGGAUUCCUCUCUAUUCGCUAUUGGGAAAAGUCGGGAACAUUUUCUGACCAGCUUUUUCUAGGUCGAUAUUUCCAGCCAUUUACCCACAGGAUUUUCUGUAAAUUCCAUAGUAAAUCGGUCGGGUUGUGAAACCACGCCCCUUUCCCGGCAUACCACGCCCCUUUUUGGGGUUUGUUGGAUUUUUCAGGCGCACACUGGCGCAGACUUGUC